CCACGUGGCCACGCCCACAGGAGCUGACUGCCACUGGGCUGUGGCUGCGGAUGUAGGCGAUGCGGAUGGAUGUGGUGGAUGGAUGUGGAGCGCGUCAUCCGGAGGCUUUUCAUCAGAUUCCCGCAGCAGGGGAAGGUAAACGCAGGUCCACGGCACGAUGAGGCUGUCGGCAGCCGGGGCGGUGCUCGCCUGCCUCCUCAUCCCAGGAGCAUCGAGGGCCUGCACAGUGAAGAAAGCGGGCGGCAGCACGGGAAGGUUUGCCAACGCCACCUUGGUGCGGCUCUCCGAGUUCCUGAGUGCAGGCUACAAGAAGGGAGUGAGGCCAGUGAAGGACUGGAGGACGUCUACGCUGGUGGCCAUAGACCUCAUGGUUUACUCUAUACUCAACGUGGAUGAGAAGAACCAGGUUCUGACUACGUAUGUGUGGUACAGACAAAUGUGGAGGGAUGAAUUCCUGGUCUGGAAUCCAGAAGACUUUGAUGAAGUCAAACAAGUCUCUUUACCCACUGCUAACGUGUGGGUUCCUGACAUCCUCAUCAACGAAUUCGUGGACGUGGGGAAGUCUCCGGACAUCCCUUAUGUCUACGUGACGAAUGACGGAGUGGUGCGCAACUACAAGCCCAUCCAGGUCGUCACCGCCUGCACGCUCAACAUCUACAACUUCCCCUUUGACGUCCAGAAAUGCAGCCUCACGUUCCAGAGCUGGCUCCACACAAUCAAUGACAUCAACAUCACCCUCAUUCGAAGCCCGGAGGAGCUGAGGGAGGACAAGAGUGUCUUCAUGAACCAAGGGGAGUGGGAGCUCCUCCACAUACUGUCCAACUACAAGAUAUUCAGCGUGGACAACGAUGACUAUUACGCUGAGAUGAAGUUUCAUGUGGUGAUCCGGCGGCGGCCGCUGUUCUACACCGUGAACCUGCUGCUGCCCAGUAUCUUCCUGAUGGUGAUGGACAUCGUGGGCUUCUACCUGCCACCAGACAGCGGAGAGAGAGUGUCCUUCAAGAUCACGCUGUUGCUGGGCUACUCCGUCUUCCUCAUCAUCGUAUCCGACACUCUGCCUGCCACAGCCAUAGGAACCCCACUGAUAGGCGUCUACUUUGUGGUCUGCAUGGCGCUGCUGGUGAUCAGCCUGACAGAAACCGUGCUGAUCGUGCGUCUGGUCCACAAGCAGGACCUGCAGACGCCCGUGCCCCACUGGGUGAAGUACCUGGUUCUUGAAAGGGCCCCGGUCCUCUUCUGCAUCCACCAAAAGCACCGCCUCUGCUCCAGGCUGUCGUCCCGGGCGUCGGACCUGGACCACCACAAAGAGAACAACUAUGGGACGGCUCGCUGCACCCUCCACCACACCUGCGAGAUGGGCCGAAGCCUGAGUCAGCACGACAGGGAGGGCGGGCUGCUGGGACUGGGCCGGCCCCUGGCCAGGGACGCCGGCCCCCCCGUCAUGGACCACAUCCUGCAAGAAGUGACGGCCAUACGCCACUUUCUGGAGAAGAGGGACCGGUGCCGGGAGGUGGCCAAAGAGUGGCUGCAGGUUGGCUACGUGCUGGACGUGCUGCUCUUCAGGGUCUACCUGGUGGCCGUGGUGGCCUACAGCAUCACGCUGGGCACCCUGUGGUCAGUGUGGCAGGUGGCCUGACUGUUCAUGCUGUACAGACGUGGACACGUGUACCAAAAGGGCCCUGGGGCAACAUGCUUCGCCUGGUGUAAGUCAGAGGGGACAGGGAGGUGUAAUGGAACGGCCUGGAGGCGGAGCCGGUGUACAUUUAAAGGUCAAGCGAUGUUACGUCAUCAUUUAGGAUUUGAUCGGACAGGUUUUGCUUUUACUACCACAAUAUUCAUCUAUUUAAAAACAAGAGCAAACCUGUUGAUAGAGACAGAAACCCUAGAAGAGAUCUGAACUCAGGUCUUACAGUAGGCAGAUGUGAUCAGUAGUUACUGAAGAGUAAAUAAAAAUGAAGAAGCCAGUAAAUGAAUUAUUCAAGUGUAACUUAAAUGUAUUUAUAUAUUAAAAUAUGCACAAUAUAUUUCAGACAAGUUAUGUGACAUAAGUGAUGAGUGUUCAAUCGAUAAAACAACCUUUCCAGUUAAACAUGUACAUUUACUGCCUGUGCUGUUCUGUGUGUUUUACGUCUAUAUUCAGUGCCCACAAUUCUGUAAACUGUGCUUCAAGCCUGUCAUUCAUUCUCGCCUGGUGUCUCGCUGGGUGCAGUUCAAUGCAGCAACCAGACGGUGGCGCCCUGCACAACCACAUAGGAUCCGUGUCAUCAGUAGCCUCAGAGAGGAAGCUGCUUAUUGGUUUUCUGUUUGUUAUCCUCACAAAUAAUUUAGAAACGAGGCAACGGAACUUUUUUUUUUUUUGCUAUGGCAUCUUCUGCUCAAAGAUAAAAUUCAUUACAUGAUAUUGGAUUUGUUUUUGUGGGUCUUAUGUUGUUAUUUCUUCUUCGUGCUGCUGGUCGGACAGUGUCGUGAAUAUAAAUUUGACUCACGCAAAGGCUAUAUUGAUGCGUCCCUUUGUAGGAAAACAACGUAAAAGUGAGAUUACAUUAUAAAAAACAACAAAAUGACACAACUAGAGUUCAUUUCAUAGCUCAUCCGUUCGUCCAUGUCGUCCAAUGUGGAAGUUAUAUCUUCUAUUGUAAUGUUUUUCAAACUCCCACCCGGCAGCACACGGCUCAUGCUCCUUUUAGACCACUACAUCCGUUAUUCCUUGGCAUUAAUGGCAACUUUAUAACUGAUUUAAUUGAACUGAACUGGUGCAUUUACGUCAGUCCGGGUAAAUGUCAGACAAACAUCUAAAAUGUAUGAUGUUCUCCCCAGAACCACUUGGAUCCAUUGCUUGCU